AACGAAAUAAAACUCCAAAACCUUGAAAAGAUAACCCAAUAUUCUAUUAGAUUCUACUAGUAUAAAUACCACUCAUAACCACAACAUAUUCACCCAAUCCCAACAGAAUUCAAAAAAGCUUCACCAAUGGAGAUUCUCUCAACUAUCUUCUCUCUCUUCCUUUUUGUCCUACCAAUUCUUGCUUCCUCUUCGCAAAGCCAGGUUUAUAUAGUAUACUUUGGAGAACAUAAGGGAGAUAAGAAAUUGCAUGAGAUUGAAGAAUAUCAUCACUCUUACUUGGCCUCUGUUAAGGAAACAGAGGAAGAGGCCAGAGUAUCAAUGCUCUACAGUUACAAGCAUAGUAUUAAUGGCUUUGCUGCUACUCUUACUCCUACUCAAGCCUCUAAAUUAUCCGAAUUGGAGGAGGUGGUAUCAGUGUUUCCAAGCCAUCCAAGGAAACACAAAAUGCACACAACAAGGUCGUGGGAGUUCGUAGGGUUGGAAGAAGGAAUCAAACAACAGUUACAUAUGCAUAUGGACAAAAGUGAAGCUUUAUUGACAAGAGCUAAGUACGGGCGCAAUGUCAUCGUUGGAGUCUUGGAUAGUGGAUUUUGGCCUGAAUCAAAAAGCUAUGGUGACGAAGACAUGGGACCAAUACCUAAAUCAUGGAAGGGUAUCUGCCAAGAAGGGGAUGCAUUCAACUCCUCUCAUUGUAAUAGGAAAGUGGUAGGGGCUCGAUACUACGUGAAGGGAUACGAGAGCUACUACGGGCCAUUGAACAGAACGGUGGACUGCCUUUCUCCCCGCGACAAAGAUGGUCAUGGAACCCACACAAGCUCCACCGUAGGAGGCCGAACGGUCCCUGAUGCUGCCUUCAUGGGCUCGUUAGCGCAAGGAACAGCCUCUGGUGGUGCUCCAUUGGUGCACUUGGCCAUCUACAAGGUGUGUUGGGGUAUUCCAGGGAAGGACAAGGUGAACGGAAACACGUGCUUCGAAGCAGAUAUGUUGGCUGCCAUGGACGAUGCAAUCAAUGAUGGCGUGCAUGUUUUGAGCAUUUCGAUUGGGACGACAACGCCUGUAAAAUAUCACGAGGAUGGCAUUUCGAUCGGAGCAUUGCAUGCUGUGAAGAAAGGUAUUGUGGUUGCUUGUAGUGCUGGGAAUUAUGGGCCUCAGCCUGGGACGCUGUCCAACCCUGCGCCAUGGGUUAUUACUGUUGGUGCUAGCAGUUUGGAUAGGAAGUUCUCUGCUCCUGUUGUGCUUGGAAAUGGAUUGAUCGUUGAGGGAGAGACAAUUACCACUUAUCGGUUGGACAACAUUUCUUAUCCACUAGUAUACGCCGGAGAGAUUACAAUACCAAAUGUCACCCGGGAAUUAUCUGGGCAAUGCCUUCCAAAUAGCUUAUCAUCAGAGAAAGCAAAUGGCAAGAUAGUAUUUUGUUUUAGAGGAAAUGGGACAAGAGUUGGGAAAGGAAUGGAGGUUAAGAGAGCAGGAGGUAUUGGCUACAUCUUAGGCAAUGCUAAAGGUCAAGGAGAAGAGAUAGUCGCGGAUCCCCAUGUUCUUCCUGCAACCUCUGUAGGUGAACAUGAAGCCAUGAAAAUCUACAAGUACAUCAAAUCUACCAAAUUUCCAGUUGCUAAGAUCCUACCAGCUGCGACAGUCGUUGGCACAUCACCGGCACCUUUCAUGGCCUCUUUCACUAGUAGGGGACCCAAUGUUGUCGAUCCCACUAUUCUCAAGCCUGAUAUUACCGCCCCUGGAUUGAACAUAUUGGCAGCAUGGAGUGGGGCAGAUUCACCAAGUAAGUUGGCUUCAGAUGACAGGAUAGUCGAGUGGAAUAUUUACUCCGGAACGUCAAUGUCUUGCCCUCAUGUAGCUGCUGCUGCUGCACUCCUCAAAGCCAUCCAUCCUACUUGGAGUUCUGCUGCCAUCAGAUCUUCCCUUAUGACUACAGCUGGUCUGGAAAACAACAAUGGAACUCUAAUAACUGACGCUAUGGGAAACCCAGCCAACCCUUUUCAAUAUGGAGCCGGUCACCUUCAACCAACGAAGGCAGCAGAUCCGGGCCUCGUUUAUGAUACAUCUUACACUGAUUACUUGACUUACCUUUGCAGUAUAGGCAUGCCUGGUUUCGACUCAUCAUUCAAAUGCCCGAAAGUUCUACCAAAGACAAAUGACCUUAACACCCCUUCCCUUGCAAUCUCCAAGCUAAAUGGAAGUCUAACAGUUACAAGGACAGUAACAAAUGUUGGUCAUCCAGGGAAAACCUCUUACUUUGCUUCUGUGAAGCCACCAAUGGGAUACAGAGUCAAGAUUUCGCCGAGUAUAUUGAUUUUCAAGCAUAAGGGGCAGAAGAAAAGUUUCAAAAUUACAGUUGAAAAGGAGAGAGAUGUUAUCCAAGGAGUGAGUGCACAAGAGUAUGAGUUUGGGUGGUUAAGUUGGUUUGACGGCGUUCAUACUGUGAGAAGUCCUAUGGUCGUGUCGUCUGCAUAAGCCCGAAUUCAGAUCACAUGAAGGGCUAUAUUUCCUUGUUAUCUAAACUGAAAAGUCAGUUUAGAAGUUUUAAAGUAUACAGGAUAAAAGAUUAGGAUCUGAAUGAUGACCAUAGAAUGUUGACUUAUAGUUAGUCAACAAUUAAAGCUUUGUGUUUUAUAGCUUCUCAAUUAUAAGUAAAAUAUCACGCUUUAUCCGUA